AUGUCGAAUUAUUUAUUCUUAUUUUUAAUAAUUGUAUGCCUCCGAUCAUCCGUUUGCAUCAUAAUGCCUUAUGGUUGGCUGUCAAAUGGUCCGGUGACAGAUAAUUCAAACGUGGUGCUGGCGACGAUGGGCGAAAAUGUCACGUUCAAAAAGAUUGAUGGUUGUUCGGAAAAUGAGUGGUACAAACUGAACUCAAACAACUACAGUCCCAGCAGAAUUGUAGCCAGUUCAGACAACGCAGGCAUAUACGCUAACGAAUGCUAUAACGACACCAUGCAGUAUAAACUGCUGGCCGUCCUUGAUAAACAUCCUCCCGGUCGGGUACAACCUCGUGAGGAAAAAAAUUACACCGGCCCUUGGUCUAUUUUCUUACUGUUUAAAAUUCAUGUUGGCGAGAAACUGAACUACUCGAGAGUAACCUUGAACGAUGGCCACAAGAUCGUGCUGCUAGUUCCAGGCAGUUACCAGAAUGGAGUUUUCGGCUUUAAGAGCAGAGCCGUCAACGUUUCAAAUUUCGAACUUUUAAAGAAUUUUUCCGUUAGAUGGCUUGUCGAUGUUGGAUAUUUUAGAGAGGAAAUCAGUCUCUUCAGGAUUAAUUUCAUCACUCAUGAAAGCGUUCACAACACAAAGGUGGAUAAACAGAAGGUGUCAACCAACGAAACUGUGACAUGCUCAUCAUCUGGAACUCCAGUGGCUCACAAGUAUACAUGGAAGUGUACAAUGCAAGAAGAGAUGUUCAACGUUCUAGUCACUUACCAUAUCACUUCUAACGGGAGCUCCAUAAAAUUUACGAAAAAUGGAACGUAUGAAUGCUCUUGCGUGGCUGAAAAUAAACUGCUGGAUGAAAGUUUCUACAGGGACGAGUGGCUUGGAAGGAUUGUAGUCUCGGAAUUUAAAAGUAGCGAUAGAAACAGCACAGCUUACAUCAACAAACUGGCGACUAAGCUGGUGGCACUGGGCGGCAAGAAAAGUUUCAUCAUCGGUCUGGUGGUCGGACUGCUGGCCACACUAAUCCUCAUCAUCGUCGUCACCCUUGUUCUCGUCAAAAAGAAAACGUGCGUUAAGAAAGAACAGGAUUCAGUAAACGGAAUGAUCAAACCGGAGACAUGUGAUCAGAUCUCAUAA